AAGUCCCAUUCUAUUGGAAAUAUUUUAUAUAAUCAAAAGUUUUUGAUCUUUGCUGAUAAAGCAUUCAUCUUGCCCGGGAAUGGUCUGUAAAAGGGAAAUGGAAUUCUUUUUUCUUUGCUUUUCCUUUUUACGAGUUGCCUUUAGAAUAGCAUCAUCUCACAAAUGUUUGUCUGCAAUAUAAUAUCAUCCAUAUAAUGCUUUCCAACACCAAAUCAUUUGUUUGAAUUUUGAAUUUGGAAAUUAUUUGUUGGAUGGAGCAGCAACUUGAUUUUUCAAGUGAAAGUGAGUACUAACGACAGCAAAUUUGAAAAAAUGUGGUACAAUUAUGAAUUAAAAAUCAAUAUGACAAACAGGAAAUAGCAUUAUUGAUUAUUCUGAAAGAUAUUAACACCUGCCCUAUCAACCUAAAGGUCAAUAAAUCUUAUAUAAGUCAGGCUUAAUGUUUUCACUAAGAACUUAAAGUUUCAUCACAACUAGUACUUUGCUUCAAAGAGCAUACAACUCUUAGUGAUCAUUCUCCUACUCCUCAAGAUCAAUGGCAAAUACUAAAGAGCACAUAGUAAUGUUCCCAUUCAUGGCACAAGGCCAUAUAAUACCUUACCUAGCCUUAGCCCUCCAAAUAGAACAAAGAAAGAACUACACAAUAACCUUUGUUAACACCCCUCUCAACAUCAAGAACCUCAGGUCCUCUCUCCCUCCAAACUCCUCCAUUCACCUCCUUGAAAUCCCUUUCUCCAGCUCUGACCACAGUCUGCCUCCGGACACUGAGAACACCAACGUCCUUCCCUACCAUCUCAUCAUCCAACUCAUUGAAGCCUCCACUUCUCUCGAACCAUCAUUCAAGAAACUCAUUGAAAACUUCAUUGAACAAGGCAACCCUCCACUUUGCAUUAUUGCUGACAUAUUCUUUGGAUGGACUGCAAGCAUUGCUAAAGAGCUCAACGUUUUCCAUGCAAUCUUUACUGUUAGUAGUGCGUAUGGAUUGGCAUGUUAUUAUUCUCUCUGGAUGAACCUGCCUCACAGGAAGGAGAAUUCAGAUGAGUUUUCUUUGCCUGACUUUGCAGAAGCUUCAAAUGUUCAUAUUACACAGCUGCCAACAAAUAUAUUGGAGGCUGAUGGUACUGAUGCUUGGUCGGUUUUUCAAAGCAAGAAUCUUCCUGAGUGGGUGAACUCUGAUGGGAUUUUGGUUAACACUGUGGAGGAGUUUGAUCAGGUGGGAUUGUUGUAUUUUAAACGUAAACUUGGAAGCCCUGCAUGGCCGAAUAUUGGGCCAAUUCUUUUAUCCAGGGAAAACAGAGAAGGUGGUAUGAGUCUAGAGCCUUGCAUUGAGUGGCUUAAUACUAAACCUUUGAAGUCAGUUCUAUAUGUAUCUUUUGGGUCACAGAAUGCCAUCUCUGCCUCACAAAUGAUGCAAUUGGCUAUGGGGUUGGAAGCUAGUGACAAGAAUUUUAUCUGGGUGAUUAGGCCACCAAUUGGAUUUGAAUUGAAUACAGAAUUCAAGGCAAAAGAAUGGCUACCAAAAGGAUUUGAAGAAAGAAUCAAAGAAUCAAGAAGAGGGUUACUAGUGUAUAACUGGGCACCCCAGGUUGAAAUUUUGUCCCAUAAGGCCGUGUCUGCAAUUUUAACACAGUGUGGAUGGAAUUCUGUGCUAGAAGCGCUUAAUCAUAGUGUGUUGCUGAUUGGUUGGCCACUGGCGGCGGAGCAGUCCUUCAAUGCAAAGUUGUUGGAGGAAGAGAUGGGAGUUUGUGUGGAGGUAGCUAGGGGGAAAAGCAAUGAGGUUAGACAUGAAGAUAUAGCUGCAAAAAUUGAGUUGGUGAUGAAUGAGACACAACAGAAAGAGAAGGAAAUGAGAAGGAAAGCAUUUGAGGCCAGUGAGAUGAUCAGGAAUGCCAUUAAAGAUGAGGAAGGUUUCAAAGGGUCAUCUGUCAAAGCAAUGGAUGAAUUUUUUAGUGCUGCAUUAUCAAUGAGGGAGAAGACUAUGAGGGAACAGAAUGUUGCUGUUUUGAUUGAAGGAAAAAGAAUUUAGAAGAAUAACCAAGUGAAUAAAACUUGUCCUAAUUUGUGUUUUCUAUUUAGUAGAUCAAAUUGCAUCUCUCUCUAAAAUGGCAAUGCCAUUUGCUUUGGCGCAAUUUGAGGUUUAAUUUUUAUCUAGCUCUUGCACAAGUUCA